AUUCAUAUAUAGGCGAACCUGCGCGUUGUCGAUUCCAUGUACCGUGGGGCACUGCAAAGUCCAGAUCGCUACUAUAUAUAUAAUAUGUAUAGGUAGUCGUCCUCUUCCGCCCGCAAUUAUACAUCCAAUGCAAUUUCUCGGCUGGCGACUCGCUCUCCCGACGAUUCGAUCAAUAGUGGCGUCUUUCUCGCUGCAGCAGCAGCGGCCGCAGCAUCAGUAGUCCUGUCAUUGCCGCGAGAGCUGCACACACCAGUCGCUGUCCGACAGCCGUGAAAGCCGCUAUCAGCUAGAAAAGCUCCGUUACGCUGCUCCUGCUGGUCGAAGCUCCUUGCGCGCGAGCUAUGGGCCGUGGCGACAGUUGCUUGCUUCCCUCAGCGAUUACUCGCUGUCAAGUGGCCCUCGAUCCACCCCCUCGCUUCUUUUCCUAUCCUUCGUCCUUCGAGUCCCAUUGAGAAGCGUCUCGAGCUCGCGCGGCCUCGAAAGCGAGUGUCGUUAGUUUCGUACCAGAGAUCAAAAACGAGUUUGGAAAAAGGUAAAAAAUGAAGAGACAGAAUGUGAGGACGUUGUCGCUGGUCGUGUGCACCUUCACUUAUCUCCUCAUCGGGGCGGCCGUCUUCGAUGCCCUCGAAUCCGACACCGAGCGCCGACGUUGGGAAUUUCUCUCGGAGAUCAAGCGCAACAUGAUGAGAAAGUACAACAUGUCGUCGGAAGAUUACCGCAUGCUGGAGAUCGUGAUAAUAGAAAACAAGCCGCACAAGGCUGGCCCGCAAUGGAAAUUCGCCGGUGCCUUCUACUUCGCAACAGUCGUCUUGGCAAUGAUCGGCUACGGGCACUCGACACCGGUGACGGUGGGCGGCAAGGCGUUCUGCAUGUUCUACGCGAUGAUCGGCAUCCCGCUGGGCCUCGUCAUGUUCCAGAGCAUCGGCGAGCGGCUGAACAAGUUCGCCUCGGUGGUGAUACGCCACGCCAAGAUGUACCUCAAGUGCGCCAAGACCGAGGCCACCGAGAUGAAUCUCAUGCUGGCCACCGGCCUCCUGUCCAGCGUCAUCAUCACCACGGGCGCCGCCGUCUUUUCCCGCUACGAGGGCUGGAGCUACUUCGACAGCUUCUACUACUGCUUCGUCACUCUCACGACCAUCGGUUUCGGCGAUUACGUCGCGCUCCAGAACGACCAGGCUCUAUCGAAUAAGCCCGGCUACGUGGCUCUCAGUUUAGUCUUUAUCCUGUUCGGCUUGGCAGUCGUCGCUGCCAGCAUUAAUUUACUGGUGCUACGUUUCAUGACCAUGCAAGCCGAAGAGGUGCGCCGCGACGACGAGCUGCAGUCGGCCUCGCAUCACGUCCUGACCCUCGACGGCGAGGUGGUGGCCGUGAACGGCAAGCUGCUGGCCGGCCACAUGCCCAUGUCCGGCGACAACGACGACUGCGUCUCGGUCUGCUCGUGCACCUGCCUCGGCGCGACCAACUCCGAGCUGCUGGACAGCUCGGGCUACCAGGGUUACAGGCCGCCCUCCAUCACGGCCAGUCUGCGCUGCAAGCGGGCGUCCGUCUGAUGGAGGGAGUUCCGCCGGCGCAGCGUAUCGCAGACGGCGGCCCUGCACGCGGCCCGACCCGCGAGGCUGUCGCUCGGCGGCGCGGCGGGACCGGACUACAUCGCCGCCGUCAGGGACAGCCGACAACUGCUCGGUAUCGAUGUCUAAGUUCUCUUUUUUUUCCUUUUCGUACGACUUUCAUCGAAAUAAUACACUUUUGCUGUCUUUCCUGGAUAAUCGACCUCGAGUAUAUAUAAUAUACGUAGCUGUCAGUUGUUGUUGAUUGUUGGUAUACACGUACAGUGGAAAUAGAGUAAUUUAUACCGCGCGAUAGAACUGGACGAUGAUUUUUUAAUUUAUUAUUUAAGAAAAUCUGUAAUAAUAAGCAAAUUAGAGACAUUUUAGUUGAGAAAUUAUUUAUAAACUGGCUUGACUUUUUUUUAAAUUAUUGAUCCAACGGAAAGCACGAUCAUUUUCAAUAAUAUAUUUUUUUUUAACACUAUAAUAACACAGGAAUUUUUUGUAACAUCCACGUAUUUUUGUACACGAUCCGAUAGUGUUAAAAUUCAAUUAUUUCUUUGAACAUUUCUUUGCUUUCGUACAACUCGAUUAGAUUUUCAUCGGCAACAGAUACUACAAAGGAAAAAAAAAUAAUUAAUGUAUACACACCGUAUUACCGGGUAGCAUCGUAAAAUUUAUAUACGUAACCCAAGUUCCAUGAUAGGCGGACGAGCAUAUUUAGAAUAAACCUAUAAUAAAGUUGGAAAUUAUUGGAAAAAUUAUGUAAAACAUGAAUGUACAAAAGUUAAUCGUGUAUUUUAUCAUGAAACUGAAACUGAUCAAUAUAAACCUAUAUCGAAGAUGCUUCAGCAAGUUGACGAAGCACGAUAAUAAGACAUAAGUGGCGCACAAAACGUUAUCUGUAAACUGCAGUUAAAUAUUUCAUGUACAUACUUAUUGGAAUUGUCGAAAAUAAUUUUAAAAAACAUUUAAAUGGAAAAGUUAAUGUGAUAGCAGGCAUGAUAAAUGAAUUAUUUAUUUAUCAACGUUUCAUAUAAUAUAUAUGUAUAAAUAUAAUACACCAUAAUUAUUAUGAAUGAUGAGGGUGCGAAAAAGUAAAUCGCAUUUGAAAAUUCACGUCAUUCAGUAGUCACGUUAAUGAUUGCAAGAAAAAUAAAAAAUUUCCAUUUUGUAUUUUGUUGAUACAUCUCAAUUAUAUGAAUAUUGUAUUGCAAUCGAUAGAAAUGAAAAUUAGUAACCUUAUUCGCGAAUCGAGUAACGUUCAUUAUAUUAAAAAGUAGAUUUUAAAAAUACAGUGAAAGACUGAUCAUAUCGAUACAUGAAAACUCAACUGAAAUAAACGAAGUUAUCGAAGAGUAGAAAUUUUUUCGAGAGACGUCAAAAAAGAGUUUGAUACUCGCGAUCGUUGAAUGCGUUACCUCAACAAUAAUACCGACAAACAAUGUCUUUCAGAUCACAACAUUUUUUGGUGAAACCAAUGAAGCAUAA